GCCUCCUCCCAUCUCCUUUAGGCGCUCAUACUCUCCGUACUUUUAGCCAAUGGAAGCUAAAAGACUAAUUUUAGCUCUCUUCCUUCUCUUCUUGCUCUCUAAAUCCUCUGCUUUCCCUAGCAGAAAAUCUCGAGUUCAUAAACCAUGCAAAAGAUUAGUCUUCUAUUUCCAUGACAUUAUUUACAAUGGCAAGAACUCCGGGAACGCAACCGCGGCAAUUGUGGGGGCACCAGCUUGGGGCAACAAGACCAUAUUGGCUAACCAAAACCAUUUUGGUGAUUUGGUUGUUUUUGAUGACCCCAUUACCUUAGACAACAACCUACACUCGGCCCCAGUAGGUCGUGCCCAAGGGAUUUAUGUGUAUGACAAGAAAGAAAUCUUCACUGCCUGGCUAGGUUUCUCUUUCGUUUUUAACUCCACUGAGCAUAAAGGAAGCAUAAACUUUGCCGGGGCUGAUCCAUUGAUGAACAAGACUAGGGAUGUUUCAGUGAUUGGUGGUACUGGAGACUUCUUCAUGGCUCGAGGAAUAGCCACAUUGAUGACUGAUGCAUUCGAGGGUGAAGUUUAUUUCAGGCUUCGUGUUGAUAUUCAGUUGUACGAGUGCUGGUGACAGUUUUUGCUUUGAGUUCAGCAUUUGAUGGUUCUCUCUUUUUAAUCGGUUUUCCAGCAAAAUUAAGAAGAAGGUUGAUUUCCUUUGGAGUUAUUGAAUCAAGAUUCGUGUAUCACCAAGUGUUUCAUAAUUGAAAUAACUUUUCAUGAGGUUAUAAUUA